AUGGCUAAAAGAUCCAGAGAUGAUACGUUCAAUAGUGACAGUAGUGAUGAGUUCCAAUUUGAAUCUGACAACACAGAAGAUGACGACAUUGCUUUAUCGAGUGGAAGUGAAAUAGUUGCAACAAGGAAUGCACUCAGGCGUUUCAAUGUGGGCAGUGAUAGUAGCAGUGACGAAGAAAUGAAUAUUCAGGAAAGUGAUAACAGUAGUGAUAACGAAUGGAAGAAUGUCAUAAAUCACGACAUCGUUCCACAAAAAAUACAAUUUAGUUAUGGAUCACGAACCCCUGGUUCACAACUAAAUUCAACUCACACAGAACCAUUACAUUUCUUCAACUCGUUCUUUACCGAUGAGUUGAUCAGAAAAAUAGUUGAGGAGACUAAUCGGUACGCAAAUCAUAUGAUACAAGGAAAACAUCUAGAAAAGUGGUCCACAUGGCAUACAUGGACUAAUGUCACACGAAAAGAAAUGAGAGCAUUUCUCGGCAUAAUAUUGCUUAUGGGGACAAUGCCACUUCCGAGCUUGAAAGAUUAUUGGACAACUGACAAGAAAUGUAGGAUCCCAUACUUUGCCGAAAUAUUCAGGAGAGACCGAUUCUUACAAGUAUUUUGGAUGCUGCAUACAAAUGAAAAUAUUGUAGGUACGCAACACAUGGCAACAAGGACGCAAAAAAUUAGCAAUUUUUUAGAUUACAUUGAUAGUAAAUGUCAUGAGAAUUUUGUACCCGGGGCGGAGUUAUCAGUGGAUGAAUCAAUCGUCAAAUUCAAAGACGCCAAUAUUGGUUAUAUACAAACUAAUUUUACCAUAUUAUGGCAGUUUUACUACGGAGAAAUUAGUUAG